AUGUCGUCUCCAUCUUUGCCUAUCCUCCGCCUCCCAUCCAAGGCCCUACGUACAACAUUGCAGAAUUUCGAAUACCUCGAUUUACUGAGUUUCUCCCUUGUCUCACCAACUCCCGUAAAGUCUCUGAAUAUGAAAGUAACAGAUUUCAUCUUAAUAAGCAAUGACGAAAUAGUUAUAUUUGGACGUGCCACUAUGUUUUUUCGGUCUAAGACCAGUAAAGUCCACGCUUCCAAUCAGCGGGAUGACCGUCAAUGGGAUAUUUAAAGUAUUACACUAAGAAAGAGCUUUGAAAACUUUCUGAUCGCCUUCAAUCAUUUUGAAGUUGAACAUGUAUAUGUAAAUAUAGAAAAUGACAUACCUUAUAACCUGGAAGAAAUAAAAGUGGUGAAAGACCUUUUCGUUCGAUCUGCUGAUCGUGGGAUAUUCAGUCAGUUCUACCGUACUGCUAACAAAAUAAGCUUGUCAAACAGAUCUCUUCACAAUGAUAAAUCUAGAAAUUUCUUCACAGAGAACAUUGAUUCACUUUGCCAUCAAUGCUAAGAAAGCAGUGAUCUAUCGCCCAUUUACCCUAUCCGAUUUGAAUCUGUUCCUUCAACACUGGAGAAAAGGAUCAAAUCCUAGACUGGAAGAGAUUUAUAUUGGACUGGAAGAGGACAAUCUCGUAGACUUCAAUGAAACACUACUAAAGGGCAUCGUACAUUGGAAAUCUUGCCUAUCCAAAGUGUAUAACAAUAGCCCAUCGAUCGAAGGACUGGAGAUUGAGCGGACCGAUGGGACCCGAGCAAUCAUAUUUGUGAAUCCGAUGAAACGCAGCUUUGAAAUGGGCGUAUUACAGUAA